AUGAAGUGAGUUGUCGAUCAAGAGACAGGAAAGUUUCACCAAAAGUCCAACAUAAUCUAGACAAAAGAAAAGAAAAAAUAUAUAUAUAUAUAUUACCUAUGUACAUAUAUAUACAUAUACGUGUGUGAAACUUUUGGACUUGGAAAAAAGAAAAAGAACAGAUUUUUAAACAUGUACAAUAUUAUCCUCCUGCCCAUGAUUUGUAUACACCAUGUAAUCUUAUUACCUCCCUGCCCCCACCCGCCCCCCGUACCCCUUUAUUUAAUUGACCGCCUAGUGAAACUGGCCUCUUAAUCCCAAGUAAUGUAAAUAGACGGAAACGAGUCACGUCGACGCGACUAAACACGGGCGUUCUCGCUCUUUUACGUUUUUCUAUCCAGGUUCCGCAGGGAGAGGCACAAUGCUGACGUGGAGAAGGGCGACGGGAAGGACGGGAAGGAGGGGAAGGAGGGUGAGUCCUCGCACACGAGGAAACUCUCCACCGCGGAGGAGAACACUGCCGUCAAGGGACGGGCCGGGAAGUGGGGACGGCUCUUAGGAAGCUCGAGUCUAGACUCCGGAAGCGAGACGGGGACCGGAGUGGACACGUUCAAACGAUCCCUGAGCGCGAGAGACGCCCGGCCGAGCUCCAGCGCCAGCAGCAACAAAGUGUUCCCAAAGUUUGGCAAGCUGACAGGCACGAUCGAGGAAUCGGGCGACGCUGAGAACGCGAAGGAUGCGCAACAGCAGCAGCAGCAGCAGACGGUGGUGGCAGAUUCGAAGCAGCUGCAGCUUCGUCGACUAGAGAGUUACGACGAUGGAUUGAUCACCAGCCAGCCGAGCCACGACCGCGAGAUACUGGCCGCGGUGCUCGAGGUGAAGGUGGACUUGAAGCUGGAAGUGCAGCGGGUCAACCAGAGAUUGGCGAAGAUCGAGGAUAUGCUGCAAACGUUGAUGAACAGGCUUCCUACGGCUAGCACGCCGCAACAGAAGGGCACGAACAGCUUCUCGACGGGUGGCAAUGGUGGCUCCUCCUCGCAGAAUCAGUCGACCAUCCAGCCACAGGCAGGCUCCGGUGGUCAGCAGGGUUGCCAGACCACGCAGACGCCUGGAGGAAACACGGAGCAGAAGGUCUGCAUAGCGACUACGUCGACGACUGAAGGCUACAGGGAGCAAAGCACGACCACGGAGAGGAGCUCCAAGUCCCAGGAACAACACCAUCAUCAUCACCAUCAUCAUCAUCAGUCGCAGCAGUCCGACAGACUGAAGGACAGUAGUGACUACAAGGCUUCCUCGAGGGAAGUGAGCAAAGAGUUGUUGGAGAGGCUGGCCCAGGCGUCCACUUCCAGGGUAGACGACAGCACGCCCCUUGGGCCGCUGAUUCUGAGAAAGAGAAGAAGCAAAUCGAGGAACAAGGGAGCCGCGCCAUUGGCGCCGUUAGCUAGCCAACCGAUCAGCCCCUCGGAGGCGACCGAGACCACGCAGAUGCUCGAGUGCACGGACGACAGAGAGCCGAGCGCCACCGCGGCCGAUCGAAGCGACAGGUCCGACAGGAAGAGGCCUCCGCCCAGGCCUAGGGAGUUAGGUUUAGUAAGAUACGGCGGCGUUGGACUGGUGAUAUUCGAGAUGUUGUUUUGUACGAUUGGAUGGAAUGAUAUAAUAUCGGGGCUGUCGAUCCAGUUCCGAACGGUGGACAGGGGGAAACAAGUAGCUGUUUUGAAAGUGUGA